UCUCCGGGAAACACACUCUACAGAGACACACUCUCAGGCUCUCUGCCUUUCUACAGCUACCAGACCUACACUUCUAGCUCCAGAUCAGACAGCUGCCAGAAGAAUCAGACCAUGCAACCCUACCACAGCUCUCAUCCCAGAUCCUCAGAACACACACAGGACCGAACAGCCCUCAAACAUGUAAGCUACAGCAAGGACACCUCUCAGAUCUGUCCAUCCGCGGGCCACAGGGACUGGCUCUGCCCUGUGUGUCUGCAAACUGCCAGCUUCCCCGUACAGACCAACUGUGGCCAUCUCUUCUGUGCUCUCUGUCUGAUCUCGUACUGGAGACAUGGGUCCUGGCUGAAUGCCAUCAGCUGCCCUCUGUGUAGACAAAGGGUCAGUGUCCUGUGUCGUCUAUUCGGUGAGGGUCAGUCAGACAAAAAGGAGAGGGAGGUUCUGGGAGAAAUCACAGACUACAACAAACGCUACUCAGGAGCCCCUCGAAGGGUGACAGACUACCUGUGUGACACACCCCUGUUCCUGCAGCUGCUAGCUCGCGGCCUGGGCGCUACGGGGGGGCUCGUAUGCCUAUUCUUUCUCAGAGUGGUGCUCUGCUGUCUGGGGGCCGUGGUGUCCCUCUCCUCUGCCCCCCUGGACACUCCAUCCUCCCUGUCUGGCCUCCUGGGGGUCCUGGAUGACCUGGUGGUCGUCUUCCUCCUGCUCACCUGUGUUAUCAACAUCAACCAGCAGAUGACGCCAGAGAGUGGGAAUUCCUCAGCACACACAGCCACACAGGGAGUAGGCCUGCUCAGCAACUCGCUGUAGCAGCAGAGAUGAAAACCUGCAGUGAUUUAGCCUUCGUUUCAACAGGAGAUCUCAAGGUGAAGAACCUAUUUUUUGAGAGAGACCUGGCAAGAAGUCAGCAGCGUCCGUCUGCUGGUUUUCAUCCUGGUGUUAGCAUGUGUUGGAUUCACAUUUAGGAGGUUUACAGCGAAUUACAGCUGAACAGUGGACAGUCUAACCAGGGGCCCAGUUAAUGUAUUGAUGAAUGCAUGCUGAUGUAAGUGUGUCUCAACUGUCACACACCUAUACUUCUUUCCUUCAUGACCAGUGAUCUGGUGAGAUGGUGAAAGCAACAUGGUAGAACCUACACAACUAGUUUCUCCAUACAUGCGGUGUAGGCCUACCAGUGGAGGCUGGUGGGAUGAGCUAUAGGAGGCAGGCUCAUUGUAAUGGCUGUAAUGGAAU